AUGGCGACUACUACGGCAACAGCUGUCGAGCUCGAGACAAUCAAUCAAGAUGCAAGACCAAGCCUUACUUCGACCGCAACAGUCCCUUCAAGAGGUUAUUCUCACCAGCAAUAUGAAACCAAUCUCGACGACAUCGCCGAAGCCUCUCGCGUUGCCGACGCCGGUGUUCCCGAAGGCGGCUAUGGCUGGGUCGUGACCAUCUGCUCCGGCAUCCUGGCCUUUUUGUCCAUCGGUUUCUCUUACUCCUGGGGUGUGAUCCAACAAGGCCUCAUCGACGAAGGGUUCUCCUCAGCACAGGUGCUGCCAUGGGUGGGCUCUCUGUGUGUUGCCAUGGUCGCCAUCUCGGCCAUCGUCAACGCCCGUGUUUUACGCAGCUUGGGCUCGCAAAGGACUAGUCUGUUGGGUGUGGUGUUGGUAGCCAUAGGACAGUUGACAAGUGGCUUCUCUACGAGGAACAUAGCGGGCUUGUUCGUGGCGGCCGGGGUGGUGACGGGCCAGGGCUUGUCACUGUGUUUCAUGGUCUCGGCGACAAUUACGAGUCAGUAUUUUAAUCGAAAGAGAGGAUUGGCGACAGGAUUGAUCUACGCAGCCGGCGGCGCUGGCGGUGCGGCGAAUAGCUUCAUCCUCGAUGCGCUAAUCAAGAGCGUUGGCACGGCCUGGUCUUUUCGCAUCGUGGCCCUCAUCACACUAGCGAUGGGGUUACCAGCCGCAUUCUUCAUUCGCGACCGCAUCGCUCCAAACAGAAGGACCUUCAUCGACUGGACGCUUUUCCGGGAUCCCAGAUUCUUCUUCCUAUUUCUCUGCGGUGUGGUGGCCACAUUUCCACUUCUCGUCCCGCCAUUCUUCUUGCCGCUGUACAGCGUUUCGAUUGGUAUGCCAGGCGCCGCAGCAGCUUUGGUGGCAGGUUUCAACCUAGCAUCUGCAGUGGGGAGGAUCAUUUUCGGGUACUGCUGCGAUAAAAUUGGGUCAUUGAAUUCACUCUUCAUGACUCUGAUUCUUGUGGCGUUGAGUAUGCUCUCACUGUGGCCAGUCUCGCAGAGCCUUGGACCAUUGAUCGCCUUUGUCGUGAUCAAUGGUGCGGCUUGUGGUGGCUUCUUUUCGGUGUUCCCUACCGUUGCUGGCUCGGUCUUUGGCAGCGCUCGUGUGAGCGUGGCCAUGGGUAUGCUCGUUACUGGGUGGAGCGGAGGCUAUCUACUCGGUGCUCCAAUCGCUGGAUACCUUCUUGCAGACUACGGUGGGGCUUCUGCUGGAUUCAAAGCAUACAGACCAGCUAUCUACUAUGCCGGCUCGAUGGCAUUGGGAGCUGCGGGGCUCGUGGCUUUAGUCCGGCUGCGGAUGAACAAGAAAAUGUUAGCGAAGGUUUGA